CAUUUUCAGCCGUGUCUUGUUUCGUCCUUCAACGUCACCUAUUGAGAUGCCUCACUUGGAUCCGCUCAGUCCAACACCCUCUUCCCUCUCUUUCGAAGAGACACCAAAACAAUGCUCAGCCGUCGGCUCGUACAAACUACACUACCAACCUCACAGGCAAUGGGACUUUUGCCUUAUUAACGAGGCUCUUCCUGUCGACCUCAUGCUCAUACUCCCGCAUUAUCGUGCACACAAUCAGCCAGCAGAGCAUCGCAUGAGCAUGUACAUCAGCAGCGAGCAUGGGGAAAUCAAGACUAAACUUUGCCGCAAAUAUCCCCGUUCACCAUUCUUCCUGUCCGUACACUCUUCGAGCGACGCCCCAAUAACACUCUACCUCCCUUCCGACUUUGCUGGCUGUAUACACCUUCCUACCUGUUCGAGCCUGACCGCACAUAAGCCCAAGGUAUCUUUUUCCGAUGGAUUUACAAAUCGCAUCCUCCCACGUGUCGUGUUUGGCUCUUCCGACCGUCUGCCUCAGCUGUACUCACGCGAGGCUGAGGAUGAGGAUGACGACUGUGUGCCUGGUAUGGACGAAGUCGAGAUUUGCGGCGGGGGCCAUGUGACUUUGAGGAUGUGGGAUGUCUUAGAGGGAGCCCCCGAGAGCAUUGCAAAGGAGGCUUGGAGGAAGAUUGUGAGGAAAGCGAGCUCAAAGAACUUAAAAGGUGAAGUCAAGUAUCGCGAACGUAAUCGACAGCACCAGCAGCACCAGCAGCAGCGUGCUAUCGAUUGGGAUUUCCUCUUGGAAGAUUGAGCCUCCAUCCUCGCAGCUUUCUAGAUCUUCGUUGUUUUCCCCUCCAGCAGGCACGUUUUAUACACACGAACGAAUUAGCAUAUCUUCGACACGCAUCCCAUAAUGCUUAGUUUCUCUUCGCCAUUGCAGGCUCUCCGCAUAUGUAGCCCCUAUACCAUACCUACGCAUGUACUAUAUUUUCACGUCUUAUAUCUACACCUGAUAUGUUCUCCAUGUAGCAGUUUAGCAUCUUCGUCAUUUCUCUUCAUACAUACCUACAUACCGGCGAUCUCAGGUUAGACACGUCGGAUUCUUUCCACCGUAUUGCGUAGUAGCGCAAACAGCGACCUUAUCUCAUCG